GUACGUCUGUUUACGGUCGUCGGUUCUCCAAAUUACCACUUUGAUAGUAAAUUCGUUCACUUUACUGGCCUAUAUAAGAACACAAACAGUCUUGUACUAUUAUUGCCACACCAACUGUUAAGAUGCGAUAUUUGGCAUGGACUCUGGUGGUGAUCAUAGUGUGGGGCUUUUCGGCAAACUCGAGCCUUGCAGAUACUGAGUUAGAAGAAAACCAAGUAGAGGCAAUCGCUGAAGAAGAGGGCUCGAGUCUUCCCGAAGAUUUACUCGAUGGCGAGACGGAGGAGGAAGGACUGAACACCGCCGGACUUGAAACCCGCCGAAGACGCAUCAGAAAGCUAAAACCACAGCCUAAGCCAGCGCCACCGCCAGCGCCAAAGCCAAAACCAAAACCAAAACCAAAAACAAAACCUACAGCAAAGCCAACACCAAAACCUACGCCAAAAACAACUCCAAAGCCGACAGAAAAAGCAACCACAAAGCCGACAGAAAAAGCAACCCCAAAGCCGACAGAAAAAGCAACCACAAAACCUACAGAAAAACCAACGUCCAAAUCUACACAAGAACCGCCAUCACUUGAAAAAGGAAAGAAAUCCGAAACUGAAUACACUGCUGAUCCGAAAAAUGACGAAUCUUGGAACCAAUUUACCAACUCAUUCUUAUAUGGAUUAGGUGAUGGAGUGGGUUCUGAAUUAGCACAUCAAGCUGCAAAUACUUUACUGACAUGUCGACAUCAACUAAUAGAAAAAAAUAGCACUAGUCUUAAUGACUGUGAUCCGUUUAUUGACUUACAAAAUGAUUUGCAAGAGAAAGAAACCAAUGGACAGGAGGAAACAACAGAUGUUCAAGAUGAAACAUCAGAUGGUCAAUAUGAUUCAUCAUAUUAUUUUGUACCGAACUGUUUGCCAGGACUGGCUAAGCAGCCACCCAUCCAGGACGCAGUCAAUCUCAGCGUUCCUUGAUCUUUCGAUAGCCACCGUACCAAUUACACUGCGCCAGUAACUGUCGAAUUUACUAUUUAAAAUGUUAGAUUUCUGGAUCGUUUAACGACUUUAAGGAUAAGAGAAGUCUCAUGAUUAUGUAUGAGGUAUUAAAUACAAGUUUUAAAAUUAAAUGAAUCCCACAUUAGAGUA